CAGCUGUGAGCUGUUGGCCCGUGCUCGCCGCUCGGUAAUCAGUUGUGUUUCACGCGCGCAUAGCCGCUGUCAUGGCCGUUAACGCGGUGUACUUGGUGUUUCGCGCUCCAACGAUUUUCGGUAUCGCACCGUACCGGGAACACGGGAUUACCAGGAUUUGCAGGACUUUGGCCGUGCAACAACGGUUUCGUCGCCAUCACUGCAAACGGUGGUCAAGUACUGUGUCGUCGACCUCUUUGAAUGAUACUGACAAGCUGACAUCGAUCCGACCUACCUAUGACGAUUCAGAAAUACACGUGGAGCUCAGACGAGGAUUGCCCACGGUCACGGUUCCCCUGCCGUCCCGGCGCGAACUCUGCCAGUUCACCUUGCGGCCGGUAACGAACACCGUGGGCGACUUUACCAACAUGCUGAAAACCGAAGACAAAGGCAUAGACCACGUGGUGGUCUCCAACCCCGAAGGUGUGCGCAUCGCUUCUUCCAACACAAUCGAAUCGCUGAUGGAAGGAGACUUCCGGUUGACCGUCAACGACCGCAAUUUCACCGUCCACGUGCCGCCCCAUACGAAACUCACAAAGGAGGACUUGGAACGGUUGUCGGGCGUCAGAACGUUGGUCAGUCAACUGUACGAAUCGCUUAACGUCGAAGAGCAUCAGAUCAAAAAGGAAAGGGAACUGUUGGCGAAAAUAGAAGACUUGAAAAUAAAAUUAGAACCGCUAGAAAAGAAAAGGCAGUCCAUCGAUUUGGUCGCCAGCAGACAGACUUCGGUGCUGACCUGGGUCGGUCUGGGCCUGAUGUCGGUACAGUUUGGCAUAUUGGCUCGGCUCACCUGGUGGGAAUACUCGUGGGACAUCAUGGAACCCGUCACAUACUUUGUCACAUACGGCACCGCGAUGGCCGUGUACGCUUACUACGUGCUUACCAAACAAGAGUACUUGAUGCCGGACGUCCGCGACCGCCAGUAUCUGAUCACCAUGCACAAGAAAGCCAGGAAGUCCGGACUGGACUUGCACGCCUACAACCAGCUGAAGGAUCAACUUGCUUGCGUACAGACAAACUUGGCCCGACUCAAGGACCCGCUGGUGCCACCGCACCGGGCUCAGCUACUGUACGACCCUUUGGCCGCUGAUUCGUCCGACGAAAGCGGUCUGCCAGGAAUCGUACACAAGCUGAAAACGCGUCUUAAGAACUUGAGGGACGACCUGAAGGCCGACGAAAGAUAUUGAACAUGCUUAGCAAACAGCAUAGUGCAUAUUACCAACUGACAACGUUGUUUUGAUUGUUUUUCUCUAAUUAUUGGUGCUAAGAACGUGGAACGGUCGGUGUUUUUUAACUUAUAUUAUAUUAUAAUCCUUAUUUUUAUUUAUUGAGAUUUAAAACGGGCUUCGACAGCUAUAGGAGGAGGUCUUUGACCUGUUUGUACGAUUAUUAUUAUUAUUAAUCCUUAAAUUAUACACUUACAAUGUUAGACGACUUUAUCUCUCUCGACACAGGGUUAGAAUAUUAUUAUUAUUAUUAUUAUUAUUAUGCAUAUAUUAACUAUUGGCACAACUAAUAUAAACUUUUUUUUUUUUAAUCAUAAUAUAUACAUUAUAAACAUACUCUAUACAUUUAAUUGCUCUUAUUCAACGAGAAUCUACAUAGAUACAUAUUGUACUACUUAAUAUUAUUAAAAAUAAGCUUUAUUAUUUUUUUUUUUACAUAUAUUUUUCAAUCUUUGUUCGACUAGUUUUAAUUUAAUUUUACAUCUAUUAUUAUUAUAUAAUGUCCUAAACGCUUAUCGUUACGGGGACAAUCGUUGGUCGAAAAGCACAACAAUGUAUUACUGUACAAUCAAUUUUGAUUUUAGCAUCAGGGUUGUCGUUAUAGGGGAAAAGUAUAUUAUAUUGAUAAAACGAUAAUAUUUUACGAGCGUUCAAUCGUUGCCGUUCAUUGGGUAUUCGCUUUUAAGUAUCGGCUCAGUUAAACGCUCUCCGACGGAAAUAUUAACAGUUGUGAUAAAUAAAGAAGCGCAAAUUUUUAAAAAUUUUUUUAUUAUUAUACUUAAUAAUUAUAGGUAUCUACUUAUGCUUAGACAAAUGUUUUAAAUUUAACUAUUACAAAUUUCUUACGUAUGUGAAUAUAUUUUUUUUUUUUUUAGUAGUCGAACCGUAUAAAUAGUUUAUUUUUUUAUUUUAUAAUUGAUUUUAAAGCUCAAUUUAUUGUUUUUUUUUAUCAAAUUAAUUUUUUCUCUUUGUAUUACAAUAAUGUUUUUGAAUUGUCGAAAGUCUUAAUAAUAUUUAAACUAAAUGCUUUUGAAACGAUACUAGCAAAGAGCAAGUCGUAGCCGAUAAUUCCUCCUCAGUCUUUGUAUUUGUAUUUUAGGCGUUUCACAUUGUGUCAGUCUAAUUUUAUUAUUUCACUCAAAGUUGUUUCCUUAGAAUAAAUGAAAUAGAAUUUUUUUUAGAUUAUGUAAUACGAAUAAAGUAUUUUAUCAUACUGAGUACGACACGGAUGUCGUACACCACCUCAUAACCGCUACGUGUUAUGGCAAAAUUUGUUUUUCAUUGAAUUACUAUAUAUUUAAUUUAUUAUUUUUAUUUCACUAACAUUAUACUUUUUUGAUUUUUAUUUGUCAUUGUGUUUUUUUUUUUUAUUACGUUUAUGUGAGUAUUAUUAUUAUUAAGUUUAUUUUUAAUGUUAAGUAAUUAUAAUGGUCGUACAUACGCUGUUAUGGUCCACGACAUGUUUACAAUCUUCACAACAUAUACUUAAGUUUUGUUUAUUGUCAAAUAUAUAUAUAUAUUAGUUUAUAUUUAACAAAUUGUAUAAUAUCGUCCCAACAGCGAUGGAAAAAUAGUGAAAUUUAGUAGCAAACUUUUUAAACAUUUUAUAUUUAUUUUAGAAAUCUUUUUUAUGUUAAAUUAUUAUUAUUAUAUUGCUUGAUGUGCAAAAUAUUCUUGUCUUAUAU